AUGGAAGGGCUGGGGGAACACGGCGCAGCCGGUGAAGCGAGUCCAUUACUCGGCGCUGUGGCAGCCGCAGCCACCCCACAGUCUCUGAUGGAGAACUCUUUAGAUGCAGACUUUAUAGAGAGCCUGCCUCUGGCGGUUAAGUACCGAGUCAGGCUCUCAAAGCUUCAGGCUAAAUCCGCCAGCCUAGACGCCAAGUACCUGAGGGAAUUUCAUGCCAUCGGGAGGAAAUUUGCCGGCAUCUAUGGACCCUUAUUGGAAAAGAGACGCCAGAUCAUCAAUGCGCUGUACAAGCCCACGAAAGAGGAAUGUGAGGUGAAGUCCAAGGUCGCGGAUUGUGACUGCAAUGGGGUGUCAGAUGACUCUGACGCUCAGAUGUACGGUCCGGAGAAUCCGGAGUAUGACUUGCAGGAGUAUUGUGAGGAGGAUUUCGAGGAUGUCGAGGAGGUGUUUGGGGAGUAUGAAGGAAUCGAAGGAUAUUAUAUGGAUGGGGAGAAAGAGGAUCCUAUAGGGAUCCCCGAUUCCUGGCUCACGGUUUUAAAGAACGUCCAGGAGGUCAUUCCCCUGAUUAAGAAACAUGCCGCGAGCCCAUUCUAA